CAAAACAGAACACUUACCUAAUCCUAGAGAAGAAUCCAGAAAAUGGAAGAGGCUGCAAGAAUGAAGCACAGGAAGACUGUGAACCAGGAAAUGGCAGAUUUAUUCCAACACUUUGGAGAACGUAAAGAGCCUUCUAUUGUGAGCCUAAGUGAACCCUGGAUCUACAAAAUUUGGGAUACCAACCAGAAAUUCAUCUUCCUGAAGGACAGCACGUUAGUAGCAGGUCCACAACAAAAUUCCAAUUCAGAAGUGCAGUUAAUUGCUGUGACUCCAAAUCAAGCCCUAGAUUCAAGUAAGCGACCGCUCUUUAUGGGCACUAAAGAUAAGAAAUACCUUCUGUCUGUGAAGGCAGGUGGUCAACCUCAGCUACAGCUAGUGGCAGGAGACAUUAUGGAACUUUAUAAUAAAAAGGAGGAAUCCAUGGCGUUCACUUUCUUCAACCAGACCAAAGGCAGUGAAGUCACUUGCUGUUUUGAAUCAGCGGCUUCCCCCGGUUGGUUCCUCAGCACAGCUUCUGAGUCAAACAAGCCUGUUGCUUUGAGUCAGGGAGGAGGUUCUGAUAUCACUCUUUUUUAUAUUGAAAGAAAAGAGUAAAUCAGAAUAGCUCAGAGGUAUUGCUUUCAAGGGGAAGAGAAAGCUGUUAAUGCCCAUCAGUGGGUUUUUUUCUGAAUUAAGCGUGUAGACCUUUGCAGUUUUAGUUUUAAAAAUCUGGGAGCUGGUAGUGGUGAGGAAGCUGGAUUUCUGGUAAGAUGUGAGUGGAGAUGUAGACGGUGGUCUGAUUUAGCCAAGUCCAUUGUCAGUCUGAAUGCGGUAAAGAACCAAACCAAAACUAUUGCCCGCAUAACCAAGCAAGAACAGUAAGUAACUUGCUCUGUAGUCUGAUACCGGAGAUGCAUUUUGGGCCAAGAUAAGGCAAGGAUCAGGGAUGUACAACCCAUCCACAAUAUUCCAAGAAAAUGAUGACAUAAUUUUUUAGCUUUACAUCUGAUUAAUGGUGUUUUUGUAGAGGGUUCAUUAUCACUACUAAGAGAGUUGAGAAUAAUACCACCCCAGGGAUCUUCAAACCUGGCCAGGAGAAGAGACUUCUGCAAUAAUCUGGAAUGGAUAAUGUAUUCAAUGCAUAAAAGUUUAAUAAAGGAAUACCAGUAUUUAACUAU